CUCGGCGCUGGGGCCGGCCUGGCCACGUCACCGCCGGGCCGAGAGAGCGCUGGCGGAGCGGCGGCGCCCGGGCGGAGUGCGGGGCGCGCCGGACCCACAGGCCGGGCGGUGGACGUGGCAGCCGCCUUGCCCGACAGAAAGUUUCCCUGGAGUUGGCUGCGCCAGGGCGCAGGGCGGGCGGGCUGGAACAUGAACGUGUUCCGCAUCCUCGGCGACCUGAGCCACCUCCUCGCCAUGAUCUUGCUCCUGGGAAAGAUCUGGAGAUCCAAGUGCUGCAAGGGCAUCUCUGGGAAGAGCCAGAUCCUUUUCGCUGUUGUCUUCACCACCAGGUACCUGGACCUGUUCACCAACUUCAUCUCCGUCUACAACACAGUCAUGAAGGUGGUUUUCCUCCUCUGUGCUUAUGUCACAGUGUAUAUGAUCUACGGGAAAUUUCGGAAAACGUUUGACAGUGAGAAUGACACGUUCCGCCUGGAGUUCCUUCUGGUCCCCGUCAUUGGCCUCUCGUUCCUGGAGAAUUAUAAUUUCACUCCCCUGGAGAUCCUCUGGACUUUCUCUAUCUACCUGGAGUCGGUGGCCAUUCUGCCCCAGCUCUUCAUGAUCAGCAAGACUGGAGAGGCCGAGACCAUUACUACCCACUAUCUGUUCUUCCUGGGGCUAUACCGGGCACUCUACCUGGCUAACUGGAUCAGGCGAUACCAGACUGAGAAUUUCUAUGACCAAAUUGCAGUUGUGUCUGGAGUGGUACAGACCAUCUUCUACUGUGACUUCUUCUACUUGUAUGUGACCAAAGUCCUUAAAGGAAAGAAGUUAAGUCUUCCGGUGCCAAUUUGAGGUCCUCAGAGAUGUCCUACAGCUCAAGGACGCGACGCCAACUAUUUAAAAUGUUCUACUGGGUGACUUAUACAUGACUCAGACGUUAAAAUUAAAGCCAGAAAAAUGAAAAUAGUGUGGAUUUCAGCAAAGCAUUGAUCCUUCUAUCUAGAAGCCUUUCUCAUCAAUACAUCCCUUAUGAGGUAAUGAAAACCUUGGCCAAUUACACAAAUACGGGGCCGCAUGUCAACUGGAACAAGAAACCCUGGGUGCCUCACCCAUGAAUAGAUCAAAUAAGCCAUUGAUCUCUAAACUCCGAGUGCAAGACUCAUGCCAAGAACAGUCCAUCUCAACUAGGAAAGAUGUCCGAGUACAAGGCAAGCCACAUUUACCAGCUUUGGCAAGACUUAAGCACUUCUAUGCCUCUCCUUUAAAAUCUACUUGAGUCCUAUUGUAGUACAAGGUAGUCCCACACUCAGUACCGUAAUCCCAAGUCACAACCCCAUGUGGGUACCAUUAGCAUGUAUUUUACAGGGGGGGACAAGAUACCCAAGCCUUUACCUGGCUUGUUGCUUUGUGACUCCAAUUUUUGCAUUAAGACCAAUCAAUCCCACCUCCCUUUCACAUUUUUAGGUACUAAGGUGAUUUCCAACAUCCCAACCUUGGCCUGAAGCAAAUAAAACUUAUUAAGAGGACUAUCACUGGACUCUAGUCAGAGAAUUUUUAAGCAAUAAAACGCUCGGCACCUUAAUUGUCAACAGUGUUUUAUUUAUACCUACAAAAGAAAACAAGAUGGUAUCAAAAGGACAAUUUACAAACUAAGAAUAGCAACAUAGUUUUUUAGCAUCCUGUGCCUGAACAUCACACAUCUACAAAUCUUUCAAGUCUUAACGCAAACAGGAAUGUGUUCAGAGACCAGCAAGGACGUGAAUAGAGCACUGAUCCCGAGCAAAAGCCACCAACCUUUUAGAUGAGAGCAGUCCACACACACAAUGAACUGUUAGGGAGGGACUGGGGAGAAGCAGCCCCAAAGCUUAAUAUUGAAAUCCUUUCCCUAAAUGGGUUUCCACCAUGACCACAUACCUAGCAUCAAAUGAGAUCUCUUCUGCUCAGGUUCUGAAAGCAAAGGCAGAACCGAAUUAUGAGUGACAGACACAGAGGCAGCAGUUACUUUCGAGCUACAGGAAAAACUCUGCUCGAUUCCAGCUGUACUCAGUCCACAAUAGCCUUUAAGAUUUGGAAUAUGCUGUUAUUCUGAUUAUAUGAUUACAACAUCACUGGUGGGUACAAGGGAAGCAAGCAGACCAAAUACCACUUGCUUGCCCAGAAACCUCUCCCGAAAAGGGAUGCUUGUAAGACCUGCAAGAAUAGGACACCCCCACCAGAGGCACCGGUUUUU